AUGGCAAAGGAAGGCGACAUGUCUCUUUUCAAUGAUGUUUUGGAACCAUUUAGGCGGGUAAUAAACAGUGACCCGCCGAAAGACAAACUUUCGGCUGCUUCGAAAUUAAAUUUUUCUGAUAGUAACCAAUCUCUGAAAGAAGGUCUAAAUAACUUCUUGUCGAUGGGGAAGAGAAAAUCUAGUAUUGGGAUGUCGGAGUCGUGUACGCCAGAAAAACGUCUGCGAACUGAGUCUAGUUCUACCCCGGCAUCUGCGCCUCCAUCACCAUGGGAAGCUAAGAGGUUAAAGAUCGAUUUAAUCGCUGCCAAAGCACAGAUAACAAAAUUGGAAUCUCGCAUAAACCACCAACAUACAAUUCGCAAGGAGAUGCAAAUAUUGUUUGAGGAGGAGAAGGCAUCCCUCACAGAGCAACACAAAAGGGAUGAAAGAGCACUCUCUGACAUGGAGGAUAGACUCCAAAUUGUUAGGAGAAGAGAGCAAGAACUGAAAGAUGAAUAUAAUGAGGCUAUAAAGGAACAUAAACAAAAUAAAGCUAUUUGGGACAAAGAAAAAGGGGAGCUGCUCAAACAAAUAGCUGAAAUGAAGGACAAGUUGUUAGAAGCCAAUGUGACUAGCAAGGAUCAGAUGUCUGAGAUGAAGAAGGACAUGGAUGAGUUGUUGCAGGCUUUAGAAGGUGCUCAAACAGAAGUGGAAAUAUUAAAGAAGGAGGUUACAAAGCAGACAAGUAAGGCAGAGCAGUGUAUAACCUUGAAAACUCAGCUUGAAAAGCAGACAUUUGAGCUGCAACAAGUUACCAACAAAUUGAAAGAACUGGAGUAUGAGAGAGACUCUUAUAAAGACUGGCAGCAACAGGCUAAGACGGCACAGAAACGUUUAUCAAAUAUGGCCGAAUUAGAGAAGGAGGUGGGACGACUUCGUGCUAAUGAGCGGUCCUUACGAGAUUCAGUGUGCAACAAAUUGUUGUUAGAAGAGCAAGUCCAUCAACUGCAGUCAAGAGUAGAUGCAUUACAACCAGUACAAGAGGAACUACAUGAGGCAAAGGUGAAAAUAUCGUCAUUGGAGUCGAUGCUCGAAAAAUACAAGGCCGUAGCGCGGUCGGCGGGCGUGGAUUCCGCGACGGCGCUGGCCACCGCGCUCGACUCCGCCCUCAACACUCAGCUGUCAGCCACCGCCGCCACCUCACACGCCCACUCGCAGCUCGCACAACUCGCCGAGGAAGUCGCAACUCUAAAGUUCGAGCGUGACAAGGCAACUGGCAAACUGAAUGACCUGCUGAGUGUUCGUAAAAAUCAUGAGAACCUUAUACACCGGCUACAGAAGCGUCUGCUACUAGUCACCAGAGAACGAGAUAGCUAUAGGCAGCAACUAGAUUGUUACGAGAAGGAACUAACAGUGACAUUAAGCGGUGAAGCGGGUUCCGGCAAUGCUACCUUGUUGGCCGCGAGGGUUGAGCAGCUGGAGAAAGCGCUGCAAGGGUACCGCGACCUACUUGCGACACAUGAUAGCACUGCUCAUGCUAAGUUGGUGGAGAGCCUGCGCGCGGAGGGCAGCAAGCACCGCGAGGAGGCGGAGGCGCUGCGCCGCGACGUGGCCAAGCUGCGCGCGCAGCGGGACGCGCUGACCGCGCAGCUCGAGAGGAUCGGCGCGCACACGCACACCAAGGUGCUACAUUUGAGUGAUAAUCCUGCUGCUAUCGCGCAUAAACAGAUGCAACAAGACUUGGUGUCGGCUCAAGAGGAGAUUAAAAAGCUGAAAGCAGAGUUAGAGAAGAACACAUCUUCCACGUCAAGUAACAGUAUGAGCUCUGAAGAAGUACAGAAGAUUAUGGCACAAUUGGAAAGCAGCCGUAUCAAGCUUAGAAGGAUGAAAGAAGAAUUCACGACUGCGUCCCAAGAGUACAGAGAUGUUGUUUACAUGCUGUUAGGUUAUAAAAUUGAUAGAACUGGACAUAAUAACUACAAAUUAUCAAGCAUGUACGCAGAAUCACCAGACGAUUACUUAACAUUUACAUUAGUCGAUGACGGCAUCGAGAUGGUCCAUACCGACUACUCGACCACGUUGGGAGAGUUAGUCGAUUUACAUCUUCACCAGAAUCGAUCCAUACCCAUGUUCUUAAGCGGCCUCACGCAGGAAUUAUUCACUAGAACAACUAUGCAGCAAGAACAAUAA